AUGAACAAAUCUGUUAGGAUUCUGGUGAACCACAAUGAGCUUACUUUAGAAGGUAUAAAGCAAUUCUAUGUGAAUCCUGACAAGGAAGAUUGGAAGCUCGAAACACUCUGCAACCUGUAUGAGACCUUAGCCAUCACUCAAAGUGUCAUCUUUGUGAACACACAACGCAAAGUCGUUUGCUUCACUGACAAGUUGCGAGGCCAGGAUCAUACAGUUUCUGCCACACACGGUGACAUGGAUCAUAACACGAGGGUUAUCAUAAUGAGCGAGUUCCGCUCUGGAUCAUCCCGGCUGCUGAUUACCACGAAACUGUUGGCGCGAGGGAUCGAUGUCCAAUAG